AAGGACAAAAGAUGCGCCGUUCGUCUGCCUAAAUUCGAUUAAUUCAAAUCGGUGUUCUGACAUUUAAUUAAACACAUCUUCUAACAAAGCUAACCUCACUAAUUUGUAUCUUUUUAUAUAUUGCUCUGAUUUUUAUCAACUAAUAUAAAUAAUUGUAAUAAAGAUGAUGAGACCAACUGACGAACCAGAGCGCCAAACACCUUUUCCCGGCCCAAAUGCUCGCCAACCACCACCGCCGUAUAAAUUUACCCCUGAAGAAUUGAGAGUUCUUCGGGAGUGCAAUAGGGAAAGUUUUUACAAUAGGUGUCUUCCAAUGAGUGCUAUUUUUGGAGGACUGACUUAUUAUGGUAUUCAUACAGGUAUAUUCAAUAGAAAUAAAGCAUUUGGAGCAACUCCGAAAGUUGUGGCAGCUGUUGUUGUGGGAUUUUUUAUCGGAAAGCUUUCCUAUCAGCGAAACUGCGCCGACAAAUUUGUUGCUUUACCCAACAGCAAAAUCGGUAAAAUGAUCAAAGCUAGAAGACUUGGAGUUGCUGACGAAGAGGAUGAUUCACAGUUCAGUUUUUCUUCUUUGAGCCCUUUUACUGGAUUGACCGACAAUUAUAGCGACAUAACUCCAGAUACCAACCAAAGCUACGAUUAUGAUAAUAAACCGACACCUCAAGGAUUGGAUGAUGCAUUUAGGCCUUCAAUGGAUAAUCCGAUAAUACUACAUGAAGAGGAAAUGCCACCGGAGCAGAAACAUGUGACAACUUACGAGGAGCUUAGGAAGAAGAACCGAGAGGAGUAUGAACAAAAGCGAGCACAGAACUACAGGCACGUACAGCCGAAAGCCCCACCUAGUCCGCCGAGCACUUCUAGGGAAUCUGAAUUUAGUGACGACCCGUACAAACCGUCUUCACCAGCGCCAAAGACCAAAUAUGGAGAUGUUUGGGGUUGAGUAAUAUCCCGAGCGCGUAGUUUGAAUUUGUAGACAUUUUAAAUUAUUAAGAAUAAAAUAUACCAAGUUGAAUACGAGGUGUCAUACAAUGUGCUACGCUUUCAGAAUAAACAGCAGUAUGUGAAUGAAA